CCGUUGGAUUCACUGUUGGUUGUUCUUGUUAAAGCUCCAUCCUCGGCACACGGCGCCUCCUUCUCCAGUCAGUCAAAACGUGAAGGACUAUGACUGGUAGAUCCACCUCCCAUUUCAAGGUGAUCCAGCUGGGAAGAUAGAACAUUUGUGACCUGUUAGAUCCUGCACUUCCUCCAGGAAAAUGAGGACUAUCUUACCGGGCAUCAUCUGUCUCUGUCUUGGCAUGUCCCUGGAUGCAUUGUCUUUGAGUGGACGGGGGAGAGAGACAGUAGAUGGAGAGGGAACUCGAGCAACGGUCAGAGGAGAGAAGCUGCUCAAAAGAGUGAGACGAGGCUGGAUGUGGAACCAGUUUUUCCUGCAGGAAGAGUACACCGGCAGUGACUAUCAGUACAUUGGAAAGCUCCAGUCAGACCAGGACCACGGCAAUGGUCAAAUCAAGUAUGUUCUGUCUGGCGAGGGGGCUGGCACCAUCUUUGUCAUUGACGAGAAUAACGGCGACCUGCACGCCACCCGCCGCCUGGAUCGCGAGGAAAAGGCUUUUUACAUCCUCAAAGCCACGGUGGUCAACAAACGGACAGGUCAAAAGCUGGAGCCAGAGACUGAGUUCACCAUCAAGCUCCACGAUAUCAAUGAUAAUGAGCCUCAGUUCAGCAAAGAGGUUUACACUGGCAGCGUACCCGAGAGGUCUGAUAUUGGUACGUCAGUCAUCCAGGUGACAGCUACAGAUGCUGAUGACGGUAUGUAUGGGAACAGUGCCAAACUGGUCUACAGCAUCAGCCAGGGACACCCAUACUUCUCUGUGGACCCAAACACAGGCGUUAUCCGGACAGCCUUGGGUCCUGGCGACAUGGACCGAGAGCAGAGGGAGCACUACCAGGUGGUGAUCGAAGCCAAGGAUAUGGCCGGACAGAGAGGAGGCCUCACAGGGACCACGGUGGUUAACAUCACGCUCACUGAUGUCAACGACAACCCUCCCCGCUUCACUCAGAGUAUUUACCAGUUCAGAGUUCCUGAGUCAUCCAAGUCUGGCACUCCAGUUGGGAGGAUUCGAGCCACCGACAGAGACAUCGGGAAGAACGCUGAGAUGUAUUUCACCAUCGUCAGUGGAGACGGCAUGGACAUGUUUGAGAUCUCCACGGACAGAGACACCCAGGAGGGAGUCAUCACCGUUAGUAAGCCCUUGGAUUAUGAGAAGAAACCAUCGUACACAGUCGAGAUCCAGGUCCAGAACACCCAGGUGGACCCUCGCUUCAUGUCCGCUGGCUCCAAAGACAUGGCCACCGUUCGGAUCGGCGUGGAGGACGUGGACGAGCCACCGCUGUUCGACAAGGCUAGCUAUCUGAUGGAGGUGAAGGAAGACGCAGAGGUGGGCGUGGCCGUGGGCUCGGUCAGCGCCAUAGACCCCGAUGGAGCUCGCAGCAUGGUCAAGUACUCUAUCGACCGUCGCACCGACAUGGACCGCCUGUUCAACGUCCAUCCUGGGAAUGGGUCUGUGUUCCUGCUCAAAAGCCUGGACAGAGAAGAGACUGCCUGGCAUAAUAUUUCAGUCAUUGCCACUGAGUUCAAUAAUCCCCGUCAGAGCAGCCACGUUCCCGUCUACAUCCGCCUGCUGGACAUCAACGACAACGCUCCCACCUUCGCCACCAUUUAUGAAACCUUUGUCUGCGAGAGAACCAAGGCUGGUCAGCGGAUCCAGACAGUAAGUGCUGUUGAUGCCGAUGAGCCGUCGUCGGGACACAAGUUUUUCUUCAGCCUGGCUCCUGAGGGGACGCACCGCAGCAACUUCACUGUCCGAGACAAUGGAGAUAACACUGCCGGCAUCAUGACACGUCGAGCCAGCUAUAGCCGCCUUCACCAGAGCGUCUACCUGGUUCCUGUGGUGAUUACUGACGGCGACUACCCCAUGCAGAGCAGCACCGGGACCCUCACUGUGAGGGUGUGCACCUGCGACCGUGAAGGCAACAUGGAGCUGUGUAAUUCCGAGGCUCUCAGCAGCUCUCCUGGCCUCAGCACUGGCGCACUCAUCGCCAUCCUCCUGUGUGCCAUCAUUCUGCUGAUGAUCGUGGUUCUGUUCACGGCGUUGAAACGCCACAGGAAGCAGGAACCUCUCAUCAUCUCCAAGGAGGAUGUCAGGGACAACGUGGUGAGCUACAACGACGAAGGCGGCGGCGAAGAAGACACCCAGGCUUUUGACAUCGGAGCGCUGCGGCACCCGGACGCCGCCGCCGCCUUGGAGGAAUCUGCCAAACAGAGGCGUGACAUCAUCCCCACCGACACCCUCCUGUACCCACCACACUGCCGGCCUGCCCCAGCUGCCUCUGGCCUCAUCAUGCCGCCAGUCAGUCUGGCAUCACGGGAUAACGGGGACGUACGCGAGUUCAUCAACCAGAGAGUCCUGGAGAACGACUGUAACCCGACAGCACCGCCGUACGACUCGCUGGCCACCUACGCCUACGAGGGCGCAGGCUCAGUGGCUGAGUCACUGAGCUCGCUGGGCUCAGCUUCGUCUGAGGCUGAGCAGGACUACCACUACCUGAGUGACUGGGGGCCUAGGUUCAGGAAACUAGCUGACCUGUAUGGGGGCGAGGACAGUGACUUCUCCUAACAAAGAUACCACGUAUACACACACACACACACACACACAUAUACACGCACACAUUUCCAUGUCAAAGACAAGUUCAGUAACAUUUUGAGCGGCGCAGGGCCGAGGACAGCCGGGUCCAACUACAAACUCAACCUAAGAGAUUGUAAAUGUUGCUGAAGAGCUUUAAGCAAACGGAAGAACUUUUAAAAACACAGACAAACACACUCCACAUGAAGAACCAACAGAUGUGCUGGCAGAUGUUAAUUCCAUUUUAAUGGGAUGUUCGAGAACGCCACCUGAUCUUUGACCUGCCUUCACUGCACACGGAUCCAAAAAUGGAGAUUAUACCACGUCUUUUUCAAAAAGGGACCAAAGGUCCAAAAAUGUCUGUUUUUGGGAUGUAAAUCAACCAGCUCAGCGGUGGAGCCAAAGAUCUUCAGUUUCACCAGUGUGAACCUCUUCAAAGACUCAUUUCAGGCCUGAGGGGAGUUGAAAAUCAAAACUGGACUUUCAGGUUUGGCUUUAAUCUCUCCUGGGUCACCAAAUAACCAUUUAGCAGAGUGUUUCUUGUGGCUUUAAAUGUGCCGUUCAGGGCAGACUGAAUGGAUCGUUUGGAGCCAGGUCAGUUAACAAAACCCCAGUGUAGUUAUUUCAGAACUGGAGCAGACACACUUACCGCUGCCGAUAUGAAGUGGAGUGUGGGGAAGACACUAUUUUUGUUGGUUGUUUUUUUUUUUUUUUUUGUUUUUAACUAAGUGCCCUUCUGCUGCCCUUCGAGCUGAACUGUGGACGCCGUGCAGGCUGGCUGAGACUGGAGGGGGCGGACAACUCUUACAUGAUUGCUCUUUGUCGUUUUUGCUAUCUUGUACAAAAUGAACAUUCCAGAGGAGCUGCUCUGAAGGGUCCUCGCUUGAAAGUCGCCUUCUUCGGGACACAGAGUAAAAGACAACUCGUAUGACUAAAUGCACUGAUUUCUUUAUGUUUACGCAGGUUUUUAGAUUUUUUGUUUUUUUGUUUUUUUGUGCUGCCCAUUAAAAGAAAUUAUAUGUUAAAAGCAUCAGUUCUAGAUUCUUAGCUUCUUGAUUAAGUGUUUAUUGUGUCAGAGCUGUGGUUGAGUUAUAUUGGAACCAAACUAAGUUCUGUAAAUCUUUGAUUUUACUGGAGUGGUUUUUUUUCCCCAUGGAAAACAACUUCAGAUCUCAUACAGACACGUGUCGAACAGUGCUGAAGUAUUUUCAUAACAUGUACAUGAAGGACACCUACCUUCCUACCACAGUAGGACUGUCACUUUUUCUUUGACAAUUCAGACUCUGCUGUCACAAACUCUGCAGUUCUCCUCAGCUCAGUCGAGCGUUUUAGCGUCUUUCGGCUCAUUGUUUUGGUUUUCACCGCACUGUUCCGGUUCAGCCAAACAUCGAGCAUUAUCAUCAUCAUCAGUCUCGUUUCCAGCAGCAGGCAGCUGGUUUCAGUGUUCCACCACCUGACCAACACCGAACACCAGAAAAAAUUUAUGACGACCUGGUGAACAUAUCAAAACAUUUAGCUGACAGUGAGUUUUUCUCAGGACUCAAUGGAGACAAAACAAAAAAAACACAGCCAAAGGGAGAGUGACUGUUUGAAUUACACUCAUCAGACGGACACAAACCUAACUCCAAAUGGAUGUUAGUGUCACUCUCUGUAACAUGUUAGCCACAACAGCAGCUUGAUGCCACUCUGGUUUCUGAACCAAAGUGUAAAAACAAUUUUGUGGCUGGAUUCAGUAACUUCCAAACCAACUGAGAAUUUUAGACUCAGCAACACAGAUGGAGAAACUGAAAGAUGAACGACUGCUUUACGGUAACAUUACCACAACACAGCAACUAAUCCAAAGUCACCUGUUAGCUUGUCAGCCGAGAGACGGCAGAGGCAAAUGAAUGGACCAGCGUGAGGCCGUGUGAGUUGCCUUCAAAUGAAUGAAGUGAACAUGAAUAAUGAAUAAAUGAAGGCAGCAGACAGCUCACAGACAGCAGACCAAUCAAUAAAUUACCUCUCCUUAUUGGUUCAAAACUGAUUUUUUGAAAAAGUGACAGACCUACUUCACAGCCAGCAUUUACUGAAUGUCCUUCAUCUUCAUUUUCAGCUUCAUGUUAUUUCCUGCACAUACCUGUUUUCUCACAUAGUUGGAGGGUAUGAUACAAAUGUUGUUGUUAUGUUUUUGGCACAGAUCAGGAUUCACUCACUGCUUUUGUUUGACGCAUGAGAAAAGAAACUGUGUUCCACCUUCACUGGUAUAUUUGCUUAGGUUUAUUCAGCCCGUGUCGUGAACAAGUGAAUUCAUCGUUUGCUUUGAUAUCACAUUAAAAAAAACCCCAUUACAUUAAAUCACAACAAUCAACCUCAGUGCCAUGUUAAAAAAAAAAAAACAUUAGUUUCCAUGUGAGGGGUGUGACGUCAGGAUGAGUUCCUGAUUUAGACUUUCUCUUCCUCUGAUUUUAUACCAGGGGUCUGUAUUGUGUUUUGGCAGUUCCAGUAAAAAGCUGCGGUUUGUUCCAGUUGUGUUUUGUGACCGUGGUCUGCUCUGAAGGCUUCAAACAAAAAAAAAUGUCCACAUAUUUUUCUUUAUAUUAUAAUUCAUUCUUUUUUUUUGUACCAAAUAUUUAUAGGACACGAUGACGAUGAUAAUGAUGAUGAUGAUGAUAUUCCUGGAGGGAAAAAAAAUCAACCUCACCUCCAGCUUCACUGUUUUUUAAUGUAAUUUUGGAGGUGUGAAACUUGCUGUAGGCAGUCUACCGUCUGUAUAUGAUGAUGUAUCAAGUUGUUUAAUUUUAUCAAAA